AGAAAGAAAGAACCCUAAUCACAAUUUCGAUUCAAUCUCUGUAAACCAAGAAUCGCCAAUAAUGUUCUAUUCUCAGUCUUUCCUCGCUCGUAAAGGUCCACUCGGUACAGUAUGGUGCGCAGCUCAUCUACAGCACAGAUUGAAGAAAUCUCACUACACAUCCACUGAUAUCUCAUCAACCGUCGAAUGUAUUAUGUUUCCUGAAGUUCCUAUUGCAUUGAGAAUGCAAGGUCAUCUUUUGCUUGGUGUUACUAGAAUAUUUUCGAAAAAGGUUGAUUAUCUUUUUCAAGAUUGUAAUGUUGUUUUGAUUGGGAUAAGGAAAGCAUUUACUUCAUUUCAAGUUGAUUUACCUGAAGAUGCUACCAAAGCACCUUUUUACUCUGUUACUUUACCGGAUAAAUUUGAACUGGAUGCCCUAGAUAUUGAUAUGAACUAUGAUGAAAGUUUUAAGGAUACCCAUCUUAGGAAUGAGGAAGAUAUUACAUUGACAGAUCAAAUUCACUUUAGUGGAAGCCCUUAUAUCACCAUUAAUAUCAAUGAGGAUAUCUUCAGAGAGAUUUCAAUGAGAGAAACUGGUUCUCCACCAGGAUCAAGACAAGUUGAUUCAGAUUUUCAUCCCCAAGUAUCAGAGGAGGUUCCAGUAACUCCUGAAAGGAUACGCGACGCCGUUAAUGCCAGCCCCGUGGUUAAUUUAUCAGUGCCUCGUCUAGUAAAGCAAGAUGAUAUAAUUGAACCAGAUCGAGAAAUAGAGAAUGAAAUUAUGAGUGCUGAUUUAAAUGGGAGUUCUUCUAUGGAAGGAGAUAAACUAUUAACUCCAGGAAUCCAACAAAGGGAAAGUGCUAAUGUUUUUGAUUCAGAUAUUUUACUUGCUGCAGGGUCACCUAACUUUGAACUUCAGCAAUCAUCAAGGCCCGUUGUUGUCCAACCAGCAGUAAGAAGGAGAAAGAGACAGUUAUUUGAUAAUCCAACAGUAUUGACAAAUAAGUUUAUGAAGGCAGCUCUUGAUAACACUUUGGAUAUUCGAAGGAAGAGGAGAUGCGGUUCUUCAUCUGUUUUGGGAGUUUGGAAAUUAUCUAAUAAAUUGAUGAAGGAAAAAGUCUUCAACGAGCCACUAAUAACUGGGAUAUAUGAGGAUUUGAAUGUCCUCUACCAGAAGGAUUACAUUGCUUCGAAGCCUCAUCUUGCUGUAGUUAAAGAAUCUGUUCCAGAAUCGAAUAGUUCACCGUCUGCUCCACCUUCGAAUGUCUCUGAUAUGGACAUUGGAAACAUUCGAGAUAAUAGAGAUCUUGGAAAUGAAAGUAGUUUGCCUGAUCCAUUUUAUUCUCAUAAUGAACCGGUUCCUUCUUCGAGAAGAGGUGAUUUUACUCCUUUAUUGGAUGAUGAUGAUAUAAGGUCCAUACCAGAAUUGCAAUUCGAAAGCACAGCUGGGACAGUAACUGGAACAGUUGAAACUGAAGGAAGAUGGACUCACAGUCAAGGAUUUGGGACAUCAGCUGGAACUAUUGGUUCUGAAAUGUCAGAUCAAAUGGACUUUCAUUUGGAACAACCAAAUCUUCCUGAUAUUCCAGAGAUGACGGAUUCAGAAUUUGAAGAUGUAAGUAUCAGGAUCAUGAAUUUACUAUUGUAUUUUUUCUUGCAGGAACUCGAUUUUCUGGUAAAAGAAGAUAACACGCCUAGUGUUGCUAGUUUUAGAAGAGACCAAGGAAUUGAUACAUUGUCACCAACCACAAGAAAAUUAGCUGAGUAUUUGAAAGAGAAGUCAUCAUCAUGUACACCCAUAUCAGGAUCUUCAUCUGAAAAUCUUGUUUUGGAUAAACUUGUACAAGGGAAAAGCAGAAAAAUAUGUGCUAGGAUGUUCUAUGAGACUUUGGUAUUGAAAAACUGUGGACUAGUAGAUGUGCAUCAGGAAGAAUCUUAUGCCAACAUUAAUCUGAAGUUAACUAAACUUUUCGAGAACCAAACGUUCCCCAGCUCAGCUUAAGGAGUUCUUAUUUAGUCAUGUAAAUAGGGCUGUUUUUGUUGUGGAUUUGUAGUUUAAAUUCAAAACUGUCUUACUUAAGUUAAUGUAGUAGUGAAUUUUUGGGUUUAUUUUAC